AUGGAGGUAUUCUCAAAGCUCCUACUCUCAAGAUACAACUCAGGUUACAUCUUUUAUCAUCCUAAAACAUCAGAGCUGGAAAUCACUCAUUUGAUGUUUGCGGAUGACGUCAAGAUAUUCUUCGACGGUGGAAGCUCUUCUCUUCAUGGAAUUACAGAAACACUGGAGGAUUUUGCGGGUUGGUCAGGCCUAACCAUGAACAGAGAGAAAACGAAGUUAUUUCUAGCUGGGAUAAAUGAUAUGGAGUCUCUUGCUAUUGCAAGCUAUGGUUUCCCGAGAGCAGCUCUUCCAAUAAGAUACUUGGGCCUUCCCUUAAUGUGCAGAAAGCUAAAAGUCACUGAAUAUGCCCCUCUAGUGGAGAAGAUCAGGGGAAAAUUCUUGAGCUGGGCUGUGAAAUCUCUAUCUUUUGCAGGAAGACUACAGUUGAUUGCAUCGAUUAUCUCUAGUAUUGUUGUGUUUUGGAUUUCCACCUUCAAGAUACCAAUACGCUGUGUACGGGAGAUUGAGUCUCUCUGUUCAAGAUUCCUCUGGACCGGGGGUAUUGAAAAUCACCAUAAAGCAAAAGUGGCAUGGUCCAAAGUCUGUUUACCCAAAGCAGAGGGAGGAUUGGGACUUCGACGUUUUUCUGAAUGGAAUACUACUCUCAGCCUUAAAUUCAUCUGGCUAUUAUUCUCCAAUAAUGGGUCUCUGUGGGUGGCUUGGCACAAACAUCACCACCUUCAGCACUCGAACUUUUGGCUUCAAACGGAAAGCAGUAAUGACUCAUGGAACUGGAGGAGUUUACAACGCUUAAGGCCUCUAGCGGAAAAGUUCCUCCGGUGUACUGUGGGAAAUGGAACCUCAUCAAGCUUCUGGGGGGACGUCUGGACCCCGUUUGGCCCUCUCAUCAAGUUUCUGGGAUGUGAAGGUCCAAGGACACUUAGAAUCCCAAUCUCAUCAUCUGUGGCUGAUGCCACAAGAGGGCUUGUAUCUUGGGGGUUGCAGAUUUUCCCUGUUUGUGAUCUAUGCUCCAGAGAGGAUGAAACCCGCUACCACUUGUUUCCAUCCUGCCCAUUUAGUCGAGCUAUUUGGGACUUGGUGUUUUUGAGGCUAAAACUAUUCCCUCGUCUUUUUCAGACCUGGGACAAUCUUAUUAGUUGGAUGUCAGCCACAAACAGGACCUCGCCUUCAGUACUGCGGAAACUCGCGGCGCAGGCUACGAUAUAUGCAAUUUGGAAACAGUGA